AUGAUACGUGCUACACAUUCAGACCACUUCUUUCUUUCUUUCUUUCUUUCUUUCUUUCUUUCUUUCUCUGAUGAUAACACCAUAGGACAUGAUACACUUCUUUCUACACAGACCUUUCUUUCUUUCUUUUCUUUCUUUCUUUCUUUCUUUCUUUCUUUCUUUUCUUUCUCUGAUGAUAAUACCAUAGGACAUGAUACACCACUUCUUUCUUUUCUUUCUUUCUUUCUUUCUUUCUUUCUUUCUUUCUUUCUUUUCUCUGAUGAUAACACCAUAGGACAUGAUACGUGCUACACAUUCAGACCACUUCUUUCUUUCUUUCUUUUCUUUCUUUCUUUCUUUCUUUCUUCUUUCUCUGAUGAUAACACCAUAGGACAUGAUACGUGCUACACAUUCAGACCACUUUUCUUUCUUUCUUUUCUUUCUUUUUUCUUUCUUUCUUUCUUUCUUUCUCUGAUAAUAACACCAUAG